GCCAACAGUUUUAGAACUACAAGAAAUAGUCUUAGCAAUCUUAUUUUUUCAAAAUGAAAGCCAUUUUCAGUCUGUACAACAUUGUUAGUGCGAUUUUGCUGCUCGUUUUGCUGGCAGAAUUCAGUACGGCAGAACUGAACCAUGACAAGAAUCGGCGUGGUGCCAACAUGGGACUCUACGCGUUCCCCCGCGUCGGCCGCAGCGAUCCCAGCCUGGCCAACAGUCUGCGCGAUGCCAGUGAUGCAGCGGUAUUCGACGGCCUUUACGGUGAUGCCUCCCAGGAGGACUACAACGAGGCGGACUAUCAAAAGCGGGCUGGUCUAGUCGCGUUUCCGCGCGUGGGACGCAGUGAUGCCGAGCUACGCAAGUUUGCCCACCUCCUGGCCCUGCAACAGGUGCUGGACAAGCGUACCGGCCCCAGUGCCUCCUCGGGGCUCUGGUUUGGACCUCGUCUGGGCAAGCGAAGCGUUGACGCAAAGGCCUUUUCCGAUGCCAGCAAGGGACAGCAGGAAUUCAACUAAGCCGUGUCCUCCAGGACACCGGCGCAACGAAUAGGAAUCGACACGACGAAGAGGAUACACAUUCGGCAUGUUAUCAUACAAUAAUUAUUACUACUUCUACGUACGAGUUCUACUAACGAGAUCAGCUUCUAAUUUAACAUUGUAAUGGGUACAACACACUACACACGUAAUAAAUAAUGAGCUGAUCAGAGCUUUUAUAAAAUUAA